AAUCGCGCCGCAACAGUGGCAAACAGAGGUCGCUCAGCCAGGUUUUGGCGUCCAACCUCCUCAACACCAACCAGUACUUGGCGCAGGAAAAGGCGUACCUCAAGAGAAUACGAAACCAGUGGGGCGAUGACUACUACACUAAGGGCAUCAGCGGGCUCGGUUCCGGCGACGCGAAGGACCACGAGCUCGGCAAAAACAGCUUCGGCAAUAUCAACGACGACGACGACGACGACGACUUGUCCUCGUACUGCAACUCGGACAUUCUCCUGAACUUGGACGACGACAAGUUCCAGUUCGACUCCAGCCUCGCGUUCGACAUCAUGCGCAACAGCAACUCCAAGCUCAGUUUCGACGACGACUUGAAGACCAUCAGCCGGGACAACGUGCAGGACCCGGCCGUGGUGGAGCGGCUCGAGUGGCAGUCCAUGCUUCUCUCCGUGCUCACGGGCGACGUCGUGCGCUCGGAGAAAACCAAGAUCAUUGACACGGUCAACCCGGCCGAGGGCCUGGAGCAUUUCUUGCGCCUGCGCUAUCGCGAAAACCUCUGGUUCGGCAUCCGCGCCAAGAUCUUCGGCCGGUCCGUGGACGACCAGAAGAAAAUCACGCUCUACCGCCGGAACCACGUCGACCUGCUCAUCGACGAGGUGCUCAACUACGAGAUAUCCUACGCUCCCGAGGCCCGGCUGCCGCGCGAGCAGAUUGUCGAUAUCCUCGACCGCUACGAGCGUGCCUGCGAGUUGUGGCGAGCGCUUGAGGACAUGAAGCACGACAAGCCCACGUGCCGAGACGACGCCUUCCAGGACCGCAUCGAUGCGCUCACCGCGUGGCUCUCCAUAAGCGACGCCAUCGAGCGCGAGUCCCGCUCGUUCAAGGCGUGGAUCGGCAACGAUGAUUUGGACGUGACCCGUGGACGCACGGCUAGCCAUUCCCAGGAAAAGUCCGAGUCUUUGUCCGAAAGCAAGACAAAGGUGAACAAGAUCUUCGAGGAGGACAACAAGUCUUUGGCCGAGAGAAUCGUCAAGGAGAAGGACGUCAGCAUGGUCUUCAGAAAACGCAUCUUUCUCACGCUCGCGCCCUGGAUGGUCAAGUCGAAGAAAAACUACAUUCGCUUGGGCACGAUUUUCGAGACCUUGAAGUUGCCGGACUAUGUGCGCAACCUCAUCGACCUAUGUCUUGUUCCCAUGCGCUUGAUCAAGGAAAUCAUCGAGAGCAGAAUCAAGUACGCUAUGAAGUUGCAGAACCCAACCUUGAUGAUGAUCGACCAGAUGAUAGACGAUUUCAAGUCCUACAUUGCCAUUGCCCUAGAGGUGAAAGGCGGCAUCAUCGAAUACUGCAGAUCGGACGUGGACAGAAUCUGGAUCAUCAAGGACAUGUUUGAGAAGGACAUCGAAGUCUUCGACCAGGUCGUGCUUCAGUGUGUCCGCUACUACCUCCAUUUGCUCAACAAGAAACUCAAUGACAGUUCGAGGUCCCCUCACCUAUUCAGAACCAACAAAGAACCGGAGGAGCUCGAGAGUGCGUGGAACUUCUUGAGAAACUUGGGCGAAUACAUUGACGGCGGGGGAAGCGUUGUGGCAGAGAGCGUCACAUCAGUGACCUCGCGACUUUGCCACAAGUUGUUGGCGUACCUUCAUCAUCAAGUCAACAAUCCGGCGACUCCCGUGAAUGGCUCAGCGGACUUCACUCGCUGGUAUACAUCUACGACAGAGAACUUUGGUCAGCUUCGACGUAAAUUGGCCCGAUUCACAGGCCAGAUCUCCCAAAAGUUCACGAAUUCUUUUGUUUUCGAGGUCUACAAAACAGAAAACGGAAGCAAGUCAAUUCUUGAGAUCUUGAAGGACACAAACCAUUUUCUUGUCAACACCAAUACAGUCGAAGCGCAAGGAAUGUAUUUUUUUGCUAGUCCCGAACUAAUCGACAACGAGGCCGAGAUUUUGCGGAUUAUUAAUGGGUCGUGUAUUGGGUCGGAUCCAGAAGGGGCUAUCUCUGAGUUUGCUGAACUUGUAACUGCAGAGGAGCGAGAUUACAGCGACUUCGCUAAUUUUGAGAAUCACCACAAUCCGAAAUAUACCACGUCUUAUGUGAUCACUUACUGCCCGACCAAACCAAUUGUGUGGAAGGGGGACAUGAUCAAACUCACAAUGGACAACAUGCCGAUCUCCGACGUGAGACCCGGGCAAAUGCUCUUAAUCUCGAAUCUCCCCCACUUCAGCCUUCAUAUCGCAAAAGACAGGUUUCUUGAUGCUGUUUCUGAUAAUUCAGUGAACGAAACAUUGAAAGCUGUGGAGCAAAGAUCUUCAUUGACGAAAGUACAUCAGGAAUUGACCAAAAUUAACAAACUUUUUUUCCGCAUGACAUUGGCUGUUUUUGACUCUGUCUCUAUUUUGACAUUGAAAUGCAGACAAAUGUUUCCAGAAGGAGACUAUCAAGAGCUAGUUAACUCAUACUUUAUUCAUGCAAGAGACUUUGGCAAGAGUUCGGUCAAAUGGUCUGACGCUUCAAAAAAAUCCACUGUUAUCAUGCGUCUCAUACGUUUAGCAAUUGAUUGGGUUAGUUUUAUCUGUGACGAUUGUGUCCCAACAGAUCGGAAAACUUUCAGAUGGUGUGUGCUAGCUUUGGAAUUCGCGAUGGAGAUGACUAGAGGCUUCAACAUCCUUGUCCUUGAUGAAGAUCAAUUCUACAAGCUUAAACUAAAGGUUGCCCGUUGUAUGUCUCUCUUGAUUUCUCAUUUCGAUAUCAUGGGUGCAAGAUCUAGCGAAGCAGAACAGCGGAGAUUGCUCAAGUGGUACUCCCAAAGACAGGGAAUCGAAAAAUCUGCGGACGACGAUGAAGUAUUGUCGGCAUACCAAGAGGAUUUGAUGGCUCAAAUCUCUGAGAUUGAGGCUUACCGAUCUGAUGUACAAGAAGAGUUGAACUCCAUUGGUAGAGUCUUGGACGUCUCCGACCUGGAGUAUCAGUUCGUGACGCUAUUAGCCUCGUCGUUCUCGAGUGUUUCCAUCAGAUGGCAAAAAGGUAAAUUUAUUGGUGGUGGGUCUUUUGGACAGGUCUAUGCAGCAGUCAAUUUAGAUACCGGUGGUGUCAUGGCAGUUAAAGAGAUUGUCUUCCAUGAUAGCCAGUCCUUGAAGCUCAUUCCUUCGAUCAAGGAGGAGAUGACUGUGCUUGAAAUGUUGAAUCACCCAAAUGUUGUCCAAUACUUUGGUGUUGAAGUGCAUCGCGACAAAGUAUACAUAUUCAUGGAGUUCUGUGAAGGAGGAUCACUUUCAGGGCUUUUGGCGCAUGGCCGUAUUGAGGAUGAAAUGGUUAUUCAAGUCUACACCUUACAGAUGUUGGAAGGCUUGGCAUACCUCCAUCAAUCAGGUGUUGUGCACCGAGACAUUAAACCCGAAAACAUCUUAUUGGACCACAAUGGUGUUAUCAAGUUUGUUGACUUUGGGGCUGCUAAGGUAAUUGCAGCUAGUGGAAAGACAAGGAACACUGCAAGUCAUUCUUCAAGGACGGGCACUGGAGGCAACAAUCCACAAAACUUGAACUCGAUGACAGGCACGCCAAUGUAUAUGUCGCCGGAGGUGAUUACUGGUCAGAGCUCGUCGAAAAGCGGGGUUGUGGACAUCUGGUCGCUAGGAUGCUGCGUUCUUGAAAUGGCCACUGGUAGGAGACCAUGGGCCAACCUUGAUAAUGAGUGGGCAAUCAUGUAUCACAUCGCAGCAGGCCACAAGCCUCAGUUGCCCUCGCCGGACCAGCUCAGUGAGGAGGGAAUUCGGUUUCUUUCCAGGUGUUUGGAACACGAACCAAGCAAGCGUCCGAGUUCAACGGAGCUUUUGAAUGAUCCAUGGAUUGUCCAAAUCAGACAGGUUGCGUUUGGAUCCAGCGACGCCGGAAACACCCCGCUGUCAGAG